AUGUCGUACUUAUAUCAAACCAGUCCUGUCCAGACCACCACAAUCCAGAACCCUACAGUUCCCAAUGAACUGAUCCAGAACACCACAGCUCAGAGUGGAGCGACAGUCAAUGCUCCUGUUCUUCAGAGCAAUGAGUUUCAUGCCCCAGUUACUAUUUUAAUUGGAGCCGACUCUGGUCAUGGAGGAAGAGACAGAAGAGAAGAGGUAAUGGGAACGACAACAGGAGCCUCCACUACAGGUGAUGCAGCGGCUCUAAGAGAAACAGAAAAAGAGAAGCUCAAAAGGAUCAUCAUCGAUCGCUAUGCAACAUUAUACGAGGGAACAGGAAAGAGAGGGAAGCACAUCCUCCUGAAUAAGAUUUACUCAGAGCUGUAUGUGGUGGAGGACUGGGGGGGAGGAGUCAAUACAGAUCAUGAAGUGAUUCAGAUGGAAGCCAGACCCACAACACAUGCAUCAACAGACAGUAAAAUGAAGAUCAGUGAGAUUUUCCAUGGAGACUUUAACAUUAAAAAAGUGCUCACAAUGGGAAUAGCUGGGAUUGGGAAAACCGUCUCUGUUCAGAAGUUUGCUCUGGAUUGGGCUGAAGGAAAAUCCAAUACAGACAUAGAUUUUGUUUUCAUUAUUGCUUUCCGAGAGCUGAAUCUAUUAAAGGAUGAGGAGUAUGACCUUCCAGGACUACUUCUUCAUCUGUACCCACAGCUAAAACAUUUAAAAGAAGCUGGUCUUUUUGAUGAUGACUGUAAAUGUGCUUUUAUCUUGGAUGGACUGGAUGAGCUCAGGAAGCCUCUGGAUUUUGAACAGAAGAAAAUGUCCUCUAUAACAGAGAAGGCAACUGUAGAUGUUCUGGUGACCAGCCUCAUCACAGGAGCACUGCUAGAGUCUGCUCUUGUCUGGGUCACCUCCAGACCUGCUGCAGCAGAUCAGAUCCCACCAGAAUACAUCCACCGGAAAACAGAAGUGCGAGGAUUCAUCACGGACCAGCAGAAGGAGGAGUACUUCAGGAAGAGAAUACAGGAUGAAGAACAAACUAACAGAAUCAUCUCACACAUUAAAAAAGUGAAGACACUCUAUAUCAUGUGCUACAUACCAGUCUUCUGCUGGAUCACCUACACUGUGCUUCAGGAACUCAUCAAGAACAAAGUAAAAGAAAUCCCUAAAACUUUAACUCAAAUGUACGCACACUUUCUGAACAUUCAGAUGGACACAAAGGGAAAGAAAUAUGACAAGACUUGUCAGAAAGAUACUAAAAACCUGCUGGAAUCCAACAGAACCGAGCUUCUGAAACUGGCUGAACUGGCUUUCAAGCAGCUGAUGAAGGGCAAUGUGAUGUUCUACGAAGAGGACCUGAGAGAGAGCAGGAUUGAUGUCUCUUACUCUGAGUAUUCUGGGAUCUUUACUGAGAUCUUUAAGGAGGAAUGUGUGCUUUACCAGAGUAAGGUCUACUGCUUUGUUCAUCUGAGCUUUCAGGAGUUCCUGGCCGCUGUUUAUGUGUUCCACUGCUAUGAGAGUGGGAACCUAGAGGAACUGCAGUGUCUUAUUGAUUGUUACAGACAGUGGUAUAAUAAUGUUACACUGGAUAAUCUGCUGAAAGGAGCUGUGGAUAGAGCUGUAAAGAGUCAGAACGGACACCUGGAUCUGUUCCUCCGUUUCCUGCUGGGUCUCUCACUGCAGACCAACCAGAGACUCUUACAGGGUCUUCUGACUUUUACACAAAGCAGCACAGAGGAAACCACAAAGUACAUCAAGGACUUAAUCGAAGUCCAAAAAUAUCUUUCUGCUGAGAGAUCCGUCAAUCUUUUCCUCUGUCUGUCUGAAAUGAAGGACCAGUCUCUCUCUGGGGAGCUUCAGAAGUAUCUACACUCCGAGAAAAACUCAGAAAAGGAGCUUUCUCUUGGACAGUGUUCAGCACUAGCCUACAUGCUUCUGACCUCAGAUGAAGUUCUAGAGGAGCUGGACUUGAAGAAAAUCAACACAUCAGAUGAAGGUUACAGCAGACUGGUCCCAGCCGUGAUCAACUGCCGAAAGGCACGACUGGCUUCAUGUAAUCUUGGAAUAAAGAUGUGUGACAGUCUAGAAUCAGUUUUAACGGUGGAAAACUCCUUCCUGAUAGAACUGGACCUCAGUAACAAUAACCUGCAGGAUUCAGGAGUGGAGCUGCUCUCUGCUGGACUGAAGAGUUCACACUGUAAACUGCAGAUUCUCAGAUUUGCUUUGUGUAAUCUUGGAGUAAGGAUGUGUGAAACUCUGGGAUCAGUUUUAAUGCUGGAAAGCUCCUUCCUGAAAGAACUGGAUCUCAGUAACAAUGACCUGAAGGAUUCAGGAGUGGAGCUGCUCUCUUCUGGACUGAAGAGUUCACACUGUAAACUGCAGAUUCUCAGAUUGUCUGGGUGUAUGAUCACAGAAAAAGGCUGUUCUUCUCUGGCUUCAGCUCUAAGUUUAAACCUCUCCCACCUGAAAGAGCUGGAUCUGACCUACAACCACCCAGGAGAGUCAGGAGAGAAGCUGCUUUCUGCCAGACUGGAGGAUCCACACUGUUCACUGGAGACACUCAGAUUGGAACAUGGAGGCGAGAUCAGGAUCAAACCUGGAUUAAAGAAAUAUGGCUGUGAUUUCACACUGGAUCCAAACACAGUAAACCCUCGUCUCUCUCUGAGUGAGGAGAACAGGAGGGUGGAGUUUAGAGAGAAGCUGCAGUCAUAUCCUGAUCAUCCAGAGAGAUUUGAUUGGUGUGUGCAGGUUCUGAGUAGAGAGAGAGUAACUGGACGCUGUUACUGGGAGGCUGAGCGAAUUGAAGGAGAAGCUGCUGUAGCUCUCAGUUAUAAAACCAUCAGCAGGAAGGGAUUCGGAUCAGACUGUCGGUUUGAAGAGAACAUAAACUCCUGGAUGCUGUACUGCUCUAAUUACGGUUACUCUGUUUAUCACAAUAAUAACAGAACUGCUCUCUCCACUCCUCCCUCCUACUGUAGGAGAGUAGGAGUGUAUGUGGACUGUCCCUGCGGCACUCUGUCCUUCUACAGUGUCUCCUCUGAUACACACUCACUUACACCCUCACACACUCUCACACACUUACACACAUUCAAUACCACCUUUACUCAACCCCUCUAUGCAGGGAUUGGGUUUUAUAAUUAUGGCUCCUCGGUGACUCUGUGUAAGAUAGAAUAAUCCUGCAAGCAAUAUUUCCACUGUCCGUGACGUCACUUCCUGUUUACAGUCGCCAGCUAUCUGUAAAAUUAACAACAGAGUAAAGUGUGAGAAAUCAGCAG